AUGAAGGCAGGAGCGAUGGAAGGAUUUGAGGAAGGAGCAGCUCCUCUCAUCAUCAAGCGCGGAGCUGUCCACGUCCACUGCCUAGCGGAACUUACGGGAUUUUCUUUACUUUGUCCUCAAGAGUUCAAUCUUUUCGAACAACCUUUUAUUGUUCGGGUCAUGGCGUUUAUGGUGAAACACGUGGUGGGCGGCCAGCUGAAGAACCUGACUGGAGGACUGACAGAAGAGAAACCCGAAGUGGAAAAGAAUGAUGCGGCCGCGCAUGGCAUGACUCCAGAAGAAUUCGAGCAGUAUCAGCAACAAUUAGAGGAGGAGAAAAAAGAACGAGAAGCCCAGUUUGCACAGAAGAAAGCUGAGAGGGCUACAGUCCGAACACAUUUUCGAGAAAAGUACAAGCUGCCCAAGAAUGAAAAUGAUGAAACCCAAAUACAACAGGCAGGAGAUGACAUCGAGCUGCCCCAGGAGCUGGCCAAAAUGAUCGCCGAGGACGGCCAGGAGGAAGCCCAAAAGCAGUCUGUCCUGGGCCAACUGUCCAAUAUUCAGAAUGUGGACAUCGACCAGUUGAAAGACAAAGCCCAGGCCACACUGGAAGAUCUAAAAAAGCAGACAGAAAAUUGCAGUCUCAUGUGA